AGCACAACUACUCCUCUUCGAUCGGUAAAAGUACUUCAAGCACAAAGAGGAGAGGAAUUUAAUUCCUUUGGUUUCAGUAUGGAAAAGCCAGUUUUUGCAAGGCAUGGCAGUGUGUUAAGGCUGCCCCCUGGGUUUAGGUUCGACCCGACUGAUGAAGAACUCGUGGUUCAAUACCUGAAAAGGAAGAUAAACUCCUGUCCCUUGCCGGCCUCAAUCAUCCCUGAGAUCAUCAAUCUCAGGAACUAUGAUCCCUGGGACCUUCCUGGAGGAUGCAAGGAGGUGAAGUACUUUUUCAGUCUCACAGAUGUUAAAUAUUCAAGCCAUGGCCGAUCGAGCCGCCCUGCGGGAUUGGGUUACUGGAAAUCAGAGGGGAAGGAGAAGCAGGUGAUGGCUUCUCAGUGCAACCAGGCGGUGGGGAUGAAGAAGGUUUUGGUGUUCUACCACAGAAAGCCGCAGACUAGAACUGACUGGAUCAUGCACGAGUACCAUCUUGUUCCUCAAAGGAAUCACUCCACUCAUAAUUGUGUGGUUCCGAAAGGCGAUUGGGUGCUCUGUCGGAUUUUCAGAAGGAAAAGAACAGCUGAGAUGGAGAACGGUGAUGAACAUGGUGGAAUCAUAAAUGAGGAUACUAAUUUGAAGGAUUUGGUGAGAAACAGAAACCUAAGACCAUCUUUAUCCUCCUCCUCCAUGGAUUCUAGCUGUGUGACUGAGUUCUCUGAUGGAAAUAGUGAUGGAGAGGAAGCUAACUCAGUAAGAACAUGAAGUUAAAAUCCAUGACAAAGAAGCAUGGAGAUCUACUGUAUCAUUACUUGAAAUAAAAUUUAAUUUUCAAUGUUAAGUCCUUAAUUCCAUCAAAAGGCAAGUGUUUUUCUCAUGCAUAUAUUAAUUGCUGACAACCUAAUUAAUCAAGAAUAUUUUCCACAA